GCCAGCAGGCCAGGUGCUGUCGUGCAGGGCGUACGCUGCGCUGUCAUCGUCAUACAUAAAUACACUUCUGCCGGUCUGUCAAAGAUUGGUGGACUGGACACAAAUUACAACGUCAGUGACUCGUAAUAUCUCUGGAGUUAACUUCACACUCAGGAUGCCAGGAUCAGCACCAAUCAGUUGCUUAGGACCAUGGCCCAAAGAUGUAGGUAUCAUUGCUUUGGAAUUGUACUUCCCGUCCCAGUAUGUGGACCAGGCCGAGCUGGAGCAGUUAGACGGUGUAACAGCUGGUAAAUACACCGUGGGCCUGGGCCAAGCCCGUAUGGGCUUCUGCUCAGAUCGUGAGGACAUCAACUCUUUGUGCCUGACGGUGGUCCAGAGGUUGAUGGAGAGGAACAGGCUGUCCUAUGACAGUGUAGGUCGACUGGAGGUGGGCACAGAGACCAUCAUUGAUAAGUCCAAGUCUGUCAAGACGGUCAUCAUGCAGCUAUUUGAGGACUCUGGCAAUACAGAUGUGGAGGGCAUUGACACCACAAAUGCCUGCUACGGGGGUACAGCUGCACUCUUCAAUGCUGUCAACUGGGUGGAGUCCAGCUCAUGGGAUGGACGUUAUGCUUUGGUUGUAGCGGGGGACAUUGCUGUCUACGCCACAGGAAGUGCCCGGCCUACGGGAGGUGCUGGUGCAGUGGCCAUGCUGGUCGGGCCUAAUGCUCCUCUGGCCUUUGAACGAGGUCUACGAGGAACCCACAUGCAGCAUGCAUAUGACUUCUACAAGCCAGACCUGAUGUCCGAGUAUCCUGUGGUGGACGGCAAGCUGUCGAUAGAGUGCUACCUGAGUGCCUUGGACCGCUGCUACUCUGUGUAUCGCAACAAGAUCCACACACAGUGGCAAAGAGAUGGUUCAGAGAAGCGUUUCAGCCUGGACGACUUUGGCCAUCUAAUCUUCCAUUCUCCCUACUGCAAGCUGGUGCAGAAGUCUUUGGCUAGAUUGAUGCUGAAUGACUUUCUAAAUCACCCCAGCCCCAACACUGACACGGGACCCUUCACAGGUCUCGAUGCCUUCAGAGAUGUACGACCGGAAGAGACCUACUUUGACCGGGAUGUGGAGAAGGCCUUUAUGAAGGCCAGUGCAGAUCUGUUUGAGAGGAAGACCAAGCCCUCCCUACUGAUCUCCAACCAGAACGGAAACAUGUACACCCCCUCUGUCUAUGGCUGCCUGGCAUCACUCUUUGCAGAGCACACAUCUUCACAGCUGGCAGGACAGAGGAUUGGAGUUUUCUCUUAUGGUUCAGGAUUUGCUGCUACUCUGUAUUCUCUCAGAGUCACACAAGACCACACACCUGGAUCUGGUCUGGAGAAACUUGUGUCCAGCCUGAGUGAUCUGAAAGUCAGACUGGACUCAAGACAGAAGGUUUCACCUGCUGUCUUCUCUGAGAACAUGAAGCUGAGAGAAGAGACUCACCACCUUGCCAGCUACAUCCCUCAAGGCCAAGUGGAGGAUCUGUUCCCAGGGACGUGGUACCUGACACGAAUAGAUGACAAGCACCGUAGGGAAUAUGCCCGAAGACCUCUGGACCAUGAUCUGCAAUCGGAGCCAGAACUUGUUCGCUCUAGCACUGCCACCGAGCACAUCCCCAGUCCAGCCAAGAAGAUGCCUCGCAUCCCUGCAGCCAGCGCCAGCACAGAAGCUGCUGUCAGCAACUGAGCACUCAGUUUACCUCUGAGAGGUAUCAAGGAAACUCUAAUAACUAGAUAACACUAGAGGUCCGAAGGCAGUGUCCCGUCUGAAAACACCAGACAAACUAAAUUAGGUUGGAGCACUUUCCCCUCAUGCCCCUGUUGUCCACAUGUAAUACUGUCGGAACGUAAACUCUCUAUUUGACCACAGUGUCUAUUUUGAUCACGAUAAUCAAUUAUUUUAGCAAUCCUUCAUUUCAAUAUUAACAUUUGUACAUAUUUUCCUUUUGCGUUCAUGCAAAAAGGACUGUUUUUGAGACGCACAGGCAGAUGUUUGCAUAGAUUAUUGCAGAUGUUGAGUUAAACAAGCAGUCUUUCUACUGGCAGCUGGCAGCCAGUGACAGGAAGAGGAAAUGGGACAUAAUUAACGUGGUUGCAGGCCUCCUGCUAAUUAAAAGAUCAAAGGGAAGUGUGCCUCAACUGUGUUAAUGUAUUGAAAAAGUGCUGACACCACAGCAACCCAGCAUGAAACUGAGCUGCUCUGUGUCCAAUACCUCAGUUUUCUAUGAAAAGAUGUGGUUCGCUUUCUACAGGACUCUGCAAGUUCAUCAUGUGACCACACAUCAGGAACAGUGAUAUUCAAGGCUCCACCCAGAGAGCUUCACAGGGUGGAAUCUCUUUUCCACUUGUAGUUGACAGCUGUAGCUGUGCUCAUGUAGGAAACGUUCACCCACACAGAAGAUGUUAACCGUCCCACACUCAACACUGUUGAGUCCAUGUUGCACCAAAGCUGUUCUGGAUAACACCAUAAAAAGCUUAAGCUGCUGCUGUUCAUUAGGUUUACUCAAGCUUCCAAAGUAAUUCGCUCUGAUUGUUUUUAAAGUCUCUCAAGAGACUGCAACAUUUGGCCUGAGUUUCUUUGUAACUCUUAAUAAUUAAAUUAACAAAUAAUUAAUCCAUGAAUAGGAGAUAAAUCAUUGAGUGAAUUUUAUGAAGUAAACUUCCUGUGGUUUCAGUGUCUCUUGUUUGAAAACAAGCACACGUUCACUGUAUUCCUUUAAUGUGUUUGCAGACUAGAUGAUGAAAACACAAGUAGUGUCUUUGAGUCACUCCCACCACAUGUACAGUAACAAAGAGAAAGCAGCCAGGUUGAAAAAUGCUGUCUUGUAGUAAGAUGCCAACAACAGUGGGUUUAGACUCUUCCAAUAAGUGAUAACAGAAAAACAUUACACCAUUGUUAUCCUUAAAAGUGCACUCUGCAAAAUGUCUGUUUCAGCUGUAACACAUUCCUCGAUUUAAAAAAAAAAAAAAAGUAUGCAACUCACCACCCUUUGGGAAACCUACAGUCCUUCAAUGAGAAGAGAUACAUACAGCAAUAUCAAAACUUACAUUUUCUUUUUUUCUGGGGUUUUUACAAGAGAAAUAUUUUUGCAAGGGGGAUUUUAGUUUUUUAAUUUUGAAAGUUGAACCUCAGCUAUAAUAAUAAAUAAAAGUAGUACGAAUACAGACACUCAAUCCCAUAAGGCCAAAUGUCCCCAUAAAAUCAAUGAAAACCACAAUGUUUGAUCCUGCGGCCAUCGCAGCAUGAAAUCAUUUAUUAUGUCAUAUCAAACUUACAAUCUAGAGCCCUGGCUUCAACAUUGUACUUUCUAUUUUCCACCUGUUUGAACCAGUCAUGUUUGCUCUAUGGGGUAAAACAUGCUAUUCUCCUGGCGUCUCCUAGGGUCAUCACUGCUGUAAAAUAAAGCACUGCAGUAUUUGAUGCAGUGCAUCAAAAUCUAUGUUUUUGCUAAUCGUUGACAUAUCCCAGACUGUGAAAUAAAAUCACUUCGUAUCCAGAAAA